AUGGAUGACAAACGCGCGCGCAAAAGCAUCAACACCAGAAACCGCGAACUCUUUCACGCAUCUGAUCUGCACGAGUGGUACCAACAAUACAUCACUGAACCCAUCCUGGCAUCACUGGAAGAAUUCCAGGAACGUGACAGCGGAUGGGCGCUGAUACAAAUCCUUAAUUUGACGAUUAACGUGAACAAGUAUAAUCCACUCCGCGCGGGGUGUCACUUCAAGCUGCCGCGAGAAAUCAUGCUGAAGAGGGCAACAAUAAACAUACAAUCCUCAGACAACACAUGUUUCGCGUGGGCAGUUGUCGCAGCUCUACAUCCAGCUAAAAAAUAUCCUGAACGUCCAGGUUCAUACCCGCAAUAUACAUCGGUCCUAAAUCUCCAUGGCAUUGAGUUCCCAAUGUCCCUGAAGCAAAUUGAAAAAUUUGAGCUGCAGAACAACAUCUCGAUAAACGUCUACAGCUUCUCGAUGGAGAAGAAUGGACCAAAAGUCUUUCCACUGCGUCUCACCAGCCAAAAGAGGGAUCGACAUGCCAACCUGCUCUAUACGCCGGAACAGGGAGGCAGCGAUGUAGGACAUUUUGUCUGGAUCAAAGACUUAUCCCGACUAGUGGGCGCGCAGUUGAGCAGACACAAAAGAAAAAAAUACUUCUGUGACCGAUGUAUGCACUAUUUUGACUCUGCCGAGAAGUUGGACACCCACACAAUUGACUGCCGCGAGAUAAACAACUGCGCCAUCCUGUUGCCCAGCCAGGACAGUAAAUGGCUCAGUUUCGACAGUUGCGGCAGGAAGGGACGGCUCCCCGUCAUAAUAUAUGCCGAUCUGGAGUAUGUCCUGCUAAAAACGGUGGACACCCAAAAGGAUGCGGAGAACCACAAAUUGUGCAUGUACCAGAAACAUGAGAAUCAUUCGAGGCUACAGAUAUACGAGUCCGCGAUCAUUGCCAUCUAUCCGGGCAGUUUAGAGGCCCAGCACAUUCAGAGUGCAAUUUAA